GGCCGAGCCACACCGGCUGCGUGUGCAGCACGUUCCGUGGCGUGCGUUGCGUGACGUGCGCAGCACCCCUGUCACACCGGGUGACGCGCACGUCACGCAACGCACGCCACGCAGAGUGCUGUACACGUCACGCAGGCGCACGCUGCAGCUCUGCGUGCAGGCUGCGUGCACGACCGCCGCCAUUUCCGUACUAUUCCCUAGUCCCUAGUGUAUCUAGACGAUUAGCAAUGUUUGAUAGCAGUUCAUCGGAUGAAGAGGAGGCACUCCUCUUACUUUUAACGCAAAAUACUCCAACGAAACCUAAAAGAGUGUGGAUUCACGAAAUCAAUGGAAAAAGAGGGGAUCAUAGUGAAUAUCAUAACCUAUGCCGUGAACUUGAGUCUCACGAAGAUCGUUUUUACUGGUAUUUCCACAUGUCAAGAGAUUCUUUUGAAGAGUUACAUGAUUUAGUGAGACCUCAUAUAUUAAAAAAUGACACUAACUACAGGAAGGCUAUAGGAACCAGAGAAAGGCUAGCAGUUUGUUUAAGGUACAUAAGAACUGGUGACUCUUUUCUAACAAUUUCAUUUUCAUUCCGCAUUGGACGAAGCACUGUUUCUAUAAUAGUAGAAGAAGUAUCAAAAGCUAUUUGGGAAUGUUUACCACCUAUACAUAUGCCUAGCCCUACUGAAGAGAUUUGGAAACAAUCGGAGUUGGGCUAUCAAGAGAUUUGGAACUUCCCAAACGCCCCUCUGCCUGGUACUACCGAACCAGUGCCACACGUUUUACUCGGCGAUGAAGGUUUUGCUCUGCAAACAUUCUUAAUGCGCCCAUUUCCCGGAGCAACAACUAUACAUGACCAAAGAAAACGAAGAUAUAAUUACAGGCUCUGUCGUGCACGUCGUGUCGUCGAAAACACAUUCGGAAUUUCAGCAGAAAAAUGGCGAAUUUUCCAUAGACCUAUGGAAUGCCAUAUUGAAAAAGCCAUUCACGUUACAAAGGCUGCAUGCUGCUUGCACAAUUUUGUUAGAAUUAAACACGGCGACAUGAUGCGAAUGCUUCCAAAUGAACCGACUUCGAGUCAAAACUUGCCCGAAAAUGCAGCAACGAGUCAAAACUUGGAAGGCGGUGCAUUAAUUCCUUUGCGUCGUACAAAUGCAAGCAACAUUGCACCACCGGACAUCCGCCGUCAAAAAUGUCUAGCACGGGAAUUCACUAAAAUGUCCGGUAACACUCUGCUGCCCAUCCAUGAAGACCUAAGUGGCCUCAAAAACACCCGACUUAAGUCCCGAAACCCUCCAGCUAAAUCCUUUCACACACAUAGCCCGACAUGGAAAGAUAGCCAAGCGUGGUUGAAGGAAUGGGAAGCCCAGCAAGCCAAAUUAAACAACACCCUCUAUGAAUUUAGCACAGAUGAGCGGCCCAAAGGCUUUAAUGAAAGCCGACAAAUAUGGUGCAAAUUGAACCGCCUGAGGACUGGGUUCGGCAAUUGUUCGUACCUUUGGCACAAGUGGGGAUGGAGCGAGUCGGCGGCGUGCGAGUGUGGAAAUGCGGAACAGACUAUACACCACAUGGUGUUCGAGUGCCCCAUCACCAAAUACAACGGACCCGCUGAAGAUUUCAAAAAUCUAACGAAGAAUGCGAGUCUAUAUCUGCAUAAUUGUAAAUUUUGA